AUGAUAAUUUCUAUCAACUUUGACUAUUAUUUUAGGGGGAGCAUUUCGUUCACUCUGGUAUCAGAUCAAAUAUGUAAUAUAAUGAUACGUGCACAACUGUUUGUAGACUACUACAUUAUUACCUACUGUGACCAGGCUAUUGACAAAAGAGUCUUUACACAGAACUUUUGGCACUGUAUAAAGCAGCUCGUUCUAAAGAAAAUCCCAAAAAACAGAAAAGUCAUGUCAGACGAUUGCUUGGCUUUUUGGGAAAGCUUCUCUUCGCGAUACAACCUGACCUAUGAGAUAACAUCUAUUAGUGGUUAUUCCCAUUGUCUGACUACUACUUGUGCCGAAACUGCUGCCGUGUACACAAACAAUAUUGUAGAGUGUUUUGAGUCUAGAAUGAAAACGUACCUUGUGCAUGACAUUAUGAAGUUAUUCAUUUUCAAAAUAACGCUUCCAUUCUGUAUUUAG